UACGCCUCAUUGUAGAAAAACCAGUUGAUCUUGAAAUCUCUUUCCGGGAUCCUGUUUGCACAUGAUUUUUGUGUGCACCUGUUUUUUUCCGACAGAUUCAAACACUUUAGAUCUGCUGAUCGAAGCAAAAAGAAGAUACAGUAUUAUAAACAUAAUUGUCUGACAGAACAAUGGCAGCUCUGUCAUUUUCCAACGUGCUCACUACAACAGAUCCACAGAAGAAUGCUGUGCUUAUCGUGGGGCAGGCUAAAAACCUCGCACUGGCUUCGUAUAAUCAAGUGAGAUCAAAACUUGAACCCAGAGUGAAUGAAGAGACAUACAACACAGCUGUUCUUGGUCUACAUCCAUCGCCUACUGAUUCCUGUUCGCUGUGGUUGAACAAUGCGACAGUGGCAGCACUUCCACCCAAAUGCAGCCGACAUAACACCCCGUCUCGGUGUCACUCCCUCACCAAAGUCAUCAAGAGUUGCCUCGUCGGAGGAGAAGAGAGCAUUGUGAUUAUAUGUGAACGCAGUGAUGUCUAUGCUUCAGCUUGCGCGGUUGCCAGGGCCCUGCCUCUGUAUUCAGCCAAGUCACAACAGACUCAGUCCAAGCGCAAUAUAACUGUGGAGUUUGUGCUUGUGGGACUUGAUGCUGAUGUUCCCCUCUCCGAAGACGACAUGAAGUGUUUGGACACCGCGGCUCAGGCUGUGAGACUUGCUGCCAAAAUCGUUGAUAUGCCCUGUGCCAACAUGCACACUGACGCGUUUGUGGCUGAAAUAAAGAGAAUUGGUCAAGAACUGAAGAUUGAUGCAGUAGUCAUACAGGGAGAAGAUUUGAAUCAAAAGGGAUUUGGGGGUAUCUAUGGGGUUGGCAAGGCUGCAACGCGUCCCCCUGCCCUGGCUGUUUUGAGUCACCGCCCUGCUGGAGCCACCAGGAACAUCGCCUGGGUCGGGAAAGGGAUCGUCUUUGACACCGGUGGACUCUGCAUCAAAUCAAAAACAGGUAUGGGUGGUAUGAAGCGAGAUUGUGGUGGAGCAGCAGGAAUAUUGGCAGCCUUUAGCCUGGCCGUUAAAAUGGGUUUCAAGGAGAACCUGCAUGCUGUUUUCUGUCUGGCAGAGAAUGCGGUCGGUCCUAAAGCAUUCAGGCCCGAUGAUAUCCUCACCAUGUAUUCGGGGAGGACUGUUGAAAUCAAUAAUACGGAUGCUGAAGGCCGACUUGUUCUGGCAGAUGGGGUUGUGUAUGCACAAAAAGAUCUUCAAGCUGAUGUCAUUGUAGACAUGGCAACAUUGACUGGUGCUCAGGGAAUUGCUACAGGUAAUUAUAUCUAUCUAGAGUUCUCUUUCUUUGUUGCCAUUGUGCUGAGGGAAUUGUCACAGUUUCUUCAGGAUCGGAGUAAUGCCCAAGUUUCCUGUGCAGGUCUGUUUAUAGGAUCCCACCUGGGCUUUGAUUAUCCGGGGGUCUGGAUCCAUAUUGAUAUGGCUUCACCAGUGUAUGUGGGUGAAAGAGCUACAGGAUACGGAGCAGCACUUCUUCCUGUGGUGUUUGGACAGUUUUCGGAAAGCCCUCUCUUGAAGUCUAUAUCACCCAGUAUCUUUAGCGCACCCAUGGAGGCGGGGGAUACGAACUCCCCCAAGAAACAGCGCCUACAAUAGUCUUUCUUUGAGACCAGUCUUUGUGAUUCUCAUUCGUGUAUUCCUUAGUAAAAUUUUUCUGUGUUUCAUAAAAUGCAAAGUGAUGUGUAGUGACGCAAAUGGAUAUUUUAAUUUUUACCUCCAUGAUGAGGAAACGUUUAGCAAAUUUUAAAAUUGAUAUACAUGUAUAUAUUUUUUGUCUAUGUAUAUAUAUAUAUAUAUAUAUAUAUAUAUAUAUAUAUAUAUAUAUAUAUAUAUAUAUAUAUAUAUAUUAUAUAUAUAUAUAGGUUUUAAAUCAAAAUGAUAUCAUUUUAAAAUAAUGUAUUUGACUGCUUUGCAGUUGGGUUUUGGUUGUACUCUUCUGUCUGUCUGUUUAUUUUGAAAUGUUCUUGUCAGAUUCUCUGAAUUUAAUUUUCAAGGAAUUAUUUUAUAUUUAGUAAUACACUUUAUAAUCAAAUCAAGCUGAUCUAAUGUUGAAUAAUGGGUUCUUCGAAUUGUAAGCAGUUCUCAUUUUUAUUAUCCAAGCAGUUCAAAAUAAAUAGCAUCAUAAGAGCCAAUUUCACACAGGAUAUUAAAUAAAUCUGAAAAACAUUUAAUUUGUAUUAUUCUCGUGCUUAUAUAUAUCCACUUAUGGUUCAAGCAUGCUGUCCAGGGCACACACACCUCAGCUCUUUGGGCUGCAUGUCCAGCACGUGGGUUAGUGGUUGGUCAUUUGUGGUUGAUGAAAAAGAACUUUGGUGUAGUGGUUUUAUACCUCUCUACUGAGUUCUAAAUAUUUAAUCUGGUAGGAGUUUAUAUUAUGAUGCAGAGCCAUCAAUUUCUGGCUGGUUUAAAAGACAUUGUUACAACACGGUUAUUUACUGUCACUGUGUCGGUUAUUUACUGUCAUAGUGUCGAUUAUUUUCUGUCGCUGUGUCCGUUAUUUACUGUCGCUGUGUCGGUUAUUUACUGUCGCUGUGUCGGUUAUUUACUGUCGCUGUGUCGGUUAUUUACUGUCGCUGUGUCGGUUAUUUUCUGUCGCUGUGUCGGUUAUUUACUGUCACUGUGUCGGUUAUUUACUGUCACUGUGUCGGUUAUUUACUGUCACUGUAUCGGUUAUUUACUGUCAAUGUGUUGGUUAUUUACUGUCACUGUGUCGGUUAUUUACUGUCACUGUAUUGACAAUGUCUGAAGGUUCUACUAGUCAUUGUAAAACAUUUUUCUAUUUCCAUACUUAUUCAUCAUUAUUCUACAGUAGCGGAUCCGGGGGGGGGUUGGGGGUGUGUGUGUCCAGGUGGGUCCGGACCUCCCCUUUUUUUGAAAACCAACCAUAACCUUUAAGGGGAAACGUGAUUAUAUUAAUUGUUGUAAGUGCUGUAAGAGGUGCACUGUGUAAAAGGAGAGAUCAGUCAUCACAUUUGGACCCCCCUUCAGAAAUCCUGCAUCCGCGCCUGUUCUGAUAAUCAAAAGCAAAUUUAUUCUGUAUAUUUCUUAACUUUAAUUGUUCUCCUGGUGUAUUCAUUCACUUGGGGAAACAAAACAGUCAGUAGACUCAUUUCAGGGCCAUGGAAACAAGAUGUGAAUCAAAAUGUAUUAAGAGAGCAAGUGUUUAUUUAUCAAUUUUAAAUUAACAUGAAUAUGUGUUUAAAAGUGAUUGGUUAAUGAGGUCACUAACAGUCCGUCCCAGUGAUGUGUCUGGGUCCUGAAUGCUUGGGAUCUGGGUCCCUGCAGGGUCCUGAAAGCUUAGGGUUUGGGUCCCUGUAGGAUCCUCAAAGCUUGGGGCUGAACUUGGGCUGUAUUUUAUUUUAUUUUACAUUAUAUAUAUAUAUAAUGUCAGAUUUCAAAUUAAUAAUCUGUUUACCAUAAUUAUUAUUCUUUGUAUUUUCAGGGGUUUUUAAUUUUAUGUAUUGUACUGAAAUAAAAUAUUUCACACCAUUGGUGUUGAGCUACGUAUUGCAUACAAAUCUGUUGUAUCAUGUUUCUACGGUUACAGUGAUUAUCUAGACCAUAUACUUUAUACAUGUUCCACAGGCCUCACAACAAGUCUAGCUUCGCAUACACCAUUUUUGUUUUAUUCAAACAUUUAAUUUACUACUUCAGAUAAGAUGUUAUAGAUAGUUGUAAUGGAUUACACCAAAUAAUAAAAAAACGUUUUAACUGUAAA